GUCAACUGCCUGUAACAGUGUAACGUUAUAGGCUAGUAAGGAUUUAUAUAUAUAUCGUCGGUACUAGGAGACUGGGACUACAGACAAUAUGAAUCAGUUGUGUAUGGUUUAUCCACCACCAAUAAUAGUGGACUAAAUAGUGACUGCAGACAGUAAGGAUGUCCAUUGACAGGUGAUUACAGAAUUUUACAUUUGUGAGAAAAAUGUGAAGAUUAUGACAAGUCGUUAUCACUCACGAAACAGUAUGGAAGAUCUAUUCACUUCCUUGAGAAAUGGAAGUGUUCAGCUACUGACCAAGUAUAAAAAGAAUGGUGGUUAUAUUGAUGUUGUUGAUUCUGAAGGGAAAUCCUUGUUAAUACACAGCUUAUUUGAUCACAAUAUUGCAAGGACAAAAUUGUUAAUUAAACUAGGCUGCAACAUUAAUCUUGGCACAACAAAUGGAUUAUCUCCCUUGCAUGUUGCAUGCAUACAGAAAAGUUUGCCACAGGUUAAAUUGUUAAUGGAAAAUGGAGCUAAUAUAAAAGUUAAAACUGAUAUUGGAAGGACACCUCUUAUGCAAGCCAUAAUUACCGGUAGUUACCAGAUUGUGGAAAAGCUUUUGACAUUGGGAUCAGAAGUGAAUGUUUUUGACAAUAUAAGAAACACUCCACUUCAGAUAGCAUUGUUAAUGAAAAGAGAAGAUAUUGCAGAUUUACUUGUCGAACAGAAGGGAAUAAAUUUAUCAUUAUCAUUCCGUUGUCGUAUUGAUGAAGACUUUUUAUAUAUUACAAAAUACCUUCUUCAAAAGGGAGCUAAUCCUUUUGCAAGAGGCCAAUCUGGUAGCAGACAACAAGCUUUCUUUCCUGCAAUGCUGGAUUUGGAGAUUGUUUCUUCUCAAGAAUUUUCUUCCAAACUUGAACCAAUUUAUAAGGAAAUUUUUACAGAGUAUGGACUGUCUACUGCAUCUUACACAAAAAACAGAAUGCUGCAAGAAUUUUUUAACUGCAGUCCAAUUUUACGUUUGUUUGAAAUUGAACCCACCUUACAAAUUAGUGUUGAUAGAUGUGUAAAUAAGGUCUUUAACAAAUUUUUGUCAAUACUUAAAACAUUAAGUGGCCUUGGUCUUGUUUUCCCAAUAAGUAAAGAUAUUUGGCAAUGUGAACGUGACAAUACAAGACUAGUAGAUAUUGUGAACCAGCUAAAAAAUCAACAACAGUUUUGGUCAGUUAUAUAUGCCAUACAAAGAUCUCCACCUUCACUGAAACAACAGUGUCGAACAGCUGUAAGAUCUCAGUUAACAUUUGGUGUUACACACAAGGUACAGCAGCUUCCUUUACCAGAACAAAUAAAGCAAUAUUUAUGCUUUCCAGAACUCAAAUGAUUUUUUAUAUUGAUUAUGCUUAUAAGUUAUUUUCUGUUUGAAAUUGCUAGAAGUAAAAAAAAAUGGUGCAUCACUGUUGCCUAUGAGCUUUUUAUAAAAUUGUUGAUAACUGCAAUCAAAAGGACCCAUGUUCUUAGAACAAUUUUAUUUGAAGUUUAUUUAUACAUGAAGAUAAAGGGAAAUGAGUAAUUGCAUACAAGUAAUUAUUCAAUUAUAAUAUAUGUGGUGAAUGUUUGAAGGCGUUGAAUUAUUAUUUUAGAAUUUUGUAAUUGUAUGUAAUAAACUAUUUAUAUUAAAAUUGAAUUUAUA